AUGAGUUUUGAAAUAGUUCCAAUCACUAAUAAUCAACAUCAAUACAUCAAUCUUAUUAGAUGUUUAGCUGCUCAUGAAGAAACUUCAAAUUGUACAAUUGGUUUAGACUCAGAUGGAAUAUUGACUCUUAAUUUCAUAACUAAUGAAAUUGACCAAACUGAUGCUGUUUUCUACAGAUGUUAUCUCAAGCAUGCAACCAAUGUUUUAACUCACCAUGUCAUGAAUGAUCAGAAAAAAACCAUUCUUGAACCAGUUCCAAUUCAACAAGUCCUAGAAGGCCAUCCAAUGUUUGACGAGUGUCGGAAACCAAGACCAAUUUGA